UGCCCAGUGGGCAGGAAGGGUUUCUAGUCACUCUCACUGAGCCUUGGACCCUGGUCUGGGAUGGAUCCCCUGUCUGUCCUCUCUGGGAUCCCAUCCUCCUGAGUCCUGACAUGGGCUGUGGAGUCAGCAGCAAGGUGCUCCCGGAGCCCAUGGAGCCCCCACUAAAGAAGAAGAAUCCCUAUUAUGUGAAGCUGAUUCAAGCUAUGGUACCUGUGCAGUUUUGCAGCCAGCCUUCCCAGUGCAAGGAGGAGUUCUGGGGUCUCCAAGAGGAACCCUGCCGGGCACAGGACCAGGAACACAAAUUGCAAUCAAAGAAGAGCCAAGUGGCCCGAUACCGUGCCAAAUUUGACCCUAGAGUUACUGCAAGAUAUGAUAUCAAGGCUCUCAUAGGCAGGGGUAGUUUCAGUAGAGUUGUAAGAGUGGAGCACAGAGCCACGCGGCAACCAUUUGCAAUUAAGAUGAUUGAAACAAGCGCCAAAGAAGGCAGAGAGGUUUGUGAGUCAGAACUCAACAUUCUCCGCAGGGUCAGCCACCACUACAUCAUUCAGCUUAUCGAAGUGUUUGAAGCUCGUGACCGAGUCUACAUGGUGAUGGAGCUUGCCACCGGAGGAGAACUGUUUGACAGAAUAAUUGCCAAAGGAUCUUUUACUGAGCGGGAUGCCACAAAGGUUCUGCAGAUGGUUUUGGAUGGAAUAAGCUACCUCCAUGGACUGGGCAUAACACACAGGGAUCUUAAGCCAGAAAAUCUCCUCUAUUACCAUCCAGGAGCAGACUCAAAGAUAUUAGUCACUGACUUUGGUUUAGCCAACUCUGGUAACAAGGGAGGAGAUUGGUCAAUGAGGACCAUUUGUGGAACCCCAGAAUAUAUUGCCCCUGAAAUUAUUCUAAGGAGACCAUACAGCAAUGGAGUGGACAUGUGGGCCCUGGGGGUCAUCACCUAUAUAUUACUUAGUGGAUCCAUGCCCUUUGAAGAUGAGAACCGUACAAGGCUUUACCGCUUGAUCCUUAAAGGCAAAUAUAGCUAUAUGGGUGAUCCAUGGCCUAAUGUUUCCAAUCUCGCCAAGGACUUUAUUGACCGUUUGCUUACUGUCGAUUCCAAUGACCGGCUGUCAGCAUCGGAUGCAAUGAAACACUCUUGGAUUAAGACCAUGGCGGCAUCUUCAUCCAUGAAGAACCUUCACCGCUCCAUCUCUCAGAACAUGAAACGUCGGGUCUCUUCUCGCUGCCACAGUUCUAAGUCAGAACAUUCAUCCAGAUCGGGUCAGUUGAACAAAUCCCGGCGCAUACGAGAGAGAGAAAUAGCGGAGCGCAAUCUACGUUAUCUGCCUCAUACAGUGAGCAAUGACCUACUGUGAUCAUCAGCGCCAGCCAACAUGUCUCUUCCUCCUACACAAAUACCUGGACUUGAUAUAGGGGCACAUUUAUCUGAGGUUCAUCUGGAAAUCCUGCAGUUUGAUGGAAUUGCUCCAACUUGCCAAAUAAAUUGACUUUUAUCAGCUUAAUAAAUGUUUCACAAAAUCAGUAUCUAUCAUUAUCUGAGCCUUCAGGAUUUGUUAUGCAAGGCCAGCCAAAAGAACUGGCCGAGAUCGUAUAGGAGCAUUGGGGCAGUGAUCAAAUGUUUUUCUGAAAAAAAAAUCUACUUUCCUGGAGGCAUAAACUGCACUUUCCAGCGUGAUAGACACAAUUCAACAAAUUUUUAACAAAUUUGCUAUAAAUAGGUCAUAGAUAUCAGUAAUUAUUAUUGAUGAAAUGGAGCUGAUCACUGGAUAAGGAUCACUGAUAAAGCUGCCCCUAUUUCUUUCCAUCGUUAUUCAUCAUGGCUGCAAUUUUAAUUCACUUUCAAAAAUAGUGUAAAGUACCUUAUGUGAUAAAUUGUAUGGGAUUCAUUUUUAUAUUUAAUAUAAUAUAGUGGGGGGUUACAUUAUUAUCACUUUGGCCACAUUUUUUUAAAAGAAAAUAUAAAUACUCAAAACAAAUGCAUGAAUGUAAAAUGGCUCGGUGCACUCAUCUAAGCCCUUUUUCAAUGUGUAUUAUUAAUUACUCUAGUUUUCACUAAAUUAGCAGUUGUUAAACUUAAUAAAAUGAAUUUGAAACAACAGCACCACCUGCUGUUCAUUUAGGCUCACUGAUUACAUGUCAUGUGAUGUUGCUCUGCUUAAAACUGACCAGCGAAACAUUAGAGGACUUUUCUCUGUUUACUUCAACUUAACUUCAUUUUCUAAGCAGAGCAAAAAGUACCUUUUCACAAAAUUCAUUUUCAGCUGACUGUAGUCAGUUCAGGGUCGGAACAGGGCCGGCAGUACACCAGGAAAAAACCUAGCAGUCCCCGUGGCCAAAGCCUGCUCCCCCCACCAGUACAUGCAGGUGAUCCCCCUCCAAUCUCAGCCGAAAGGAUGAUGUGCGGUACGAAGUGGGGGGGAAGGGGGUUGACAUGGAGUGUAGCAGCUCCUAACUGGGGUGCGGGGGUGGAACCCCUAUGGGUGCAGGACACCCCAGUCCAUUACUGAGUCAGUUUAAUAAACUGUGCAGCAGGUGGCGCAGUUGCACUAUAUUACCAGUUUAAAAACUGCUAAAAGGGGACCUGCCAACUUCCCAUUCAGCACUUCCUAGAUAUCACCCAAAUGGAAAAUGCAUAAGAUCUUGGGGUGAUACAAAGCUUGCGUUAAUAACAGUGUACCCAAAAUAUGUGACUGUAAAUUCCAAGACUGAAGGGAAAAAAAAUUAAAUGAUUUAUAUAGUGUAAGUAAAGCUUAUAUUGCUCAGCUAAUAUGAUGGAUUUGGAAUUCUUUUUUUCAGGUGAUAGGUCCCCUUUAAAACUAGAAAAAAACUAAAUGAAAAUGGCAAAAGUUCUUGCAAUAUUACAUUCAUUUGUUUUGAAACUAAAAUGUACGUACUAGUCCCCCUAAAAUAAUAUGUUUGUUCUUUUUCUCAUUAAGGCACACUGUUUUUUAUAUAUUUUGUAGAAAUUUAACCUUUGAGAUGCAUUCUUUUCGUUAAUUAUUUUACAAUAAUGUCAUUUUUCUGGCACAUUCAUUGGCAAACUGUUUUGUGUAAAGAAGAUAAAUUAUUUUUGUAUAAAGUAGAGAAAUGCUGUGUUUUGAUCAUUUGGUAUAGGUUUUAUUUUGCCAUUACUGUUGUUACCAACCAACUGUCCAUUUCUUUGUAUGCAGGAUAAGUGGGCAGAGUUCUCUGGGGUUUGCAUCAAGCAGACAUAGAAUCUGCAGAAGUAAAACUAAAUAAAUGUGUAAAUAAAUAAUAAAUAAAUAAAACUAAUUAAACCUUUAUACAUCUAUGUGGAAGUUUAACAUGCCAGUAAACAUAACUAGUAAAUAAUAUACCAGUUAUGUGUUGCAUGAACAGAAGUAUUUGUAUUUUAAAAUCUUUGUAUUAAGAUUCUAGAUCGUAUUUUGUUCUUUUACUUCUUUACUUUGUUGUGUUGUAAGUCUCUCCUUCAGCCUGGACUGCUGACACUGGAAUAAAGGUAUUUUCAUUAAGUAUUACAGUUAUGAGAGUGCAUAUGAGUGGCUGGGGGGAGGCCUG